GCCUUCCUUUACUGGACGAGGGACUGUUGUGAUCUGUGUAGUAGGGCGAAACAAAACUGGAAUGUGUUAGAUCGAUACGCCGACAAGUGAUUGGAAAUCACAUAAACUCCAUUAUCAUGGAAAUUAGUGAAAAUGAAGACAUUACGGGGUCAGAAAAUGAAGAUCCCACCAUCACGUCGGUUCCCGUGGACGACGAAGCGUUUGAGACGCUGGUGGUCGAAAUCAAAGAGGUCUUGGCCGAGCUUGCCCAAGACAAGGCCAUGGAUGGAUUUCGAGGAGAGUAUGAAAAGCUCUUCAACGCUCUGGAUAAAUCUCAUUUGAAUGAGAAACGCUUGACGACGAAAUGCCAAGAGCUGAUGUCUGAGAUCGCCAAUCAACAAUCGCGAGUGGACACGGCGUUGGAUAAGUCUCAAGACGACCAGAACACCAUUGCCAGUUUGAAGAAGGAGAUAGAUAAGGCCUGGAAAAUGGUAGAUAUGACUCAAGAACGGGAGGAGAGGGCACGAGAAACCAUUGAGGCUUUGAAUACCGAGAUUCAAAAUCUCACAAAAGUCAUCGAAGAAAAGACUCUCGGAGCGGAAGACACAAAUUUGAACGAGCUUCGAAAGUUGCGCGAUGAGCUCACCAAUCAACGAGAUCUAUUGAAAUCCCAAGUGGCCGAGCUCCGAGCUUCCGAAAGCAAACACUUGGAGGAGAUCGAAUCACUUCGAACCGACAAGUCUGCGCUGGAAUCGAAAAUUUCAGGCCUAAGCAAUGAGUUGCAGUCCAGGACGAACGAGAUGAAUCGCGAAAUCCGACGGAAAGAACGAACCGAGCGAGAAGUAAAGCAAUUGAAAUCUGAAGUCGAAACGCAAGUCAAAGAAAAUGAGGUCUUAAAGUCUGAAAAGAGUUCAAUUCAGAGCAAUGUGCUGAGGCUGGAGCGAUCCCUUGUGGAGAAUCAGAAACUGAACGAUGGUCUUCAGGAACAACUCCAAGCUCUUAGCGUCAAUGUAGAAGAGUUGGAAGGUCACAUCGAGCUUCAAACUCUGACCAUCCAGCAAACCGAACAAGAGAGCAAGAAGACCGUUCAAGACUUGAGUGCCAAGGAUGAAGCGAUCUCCCAAGGGAAGAUGGAAAUCCUCAAGGCACACAAAGAGUACGAGGAGCUCAAGAAGAAACUAUUGGGUGUGGAGAAAAGUAGGGAGAAUCUUGAAAUGGAUCGCUUCAAACUCAAGGAGGACAUCAUGGAAUUGAAGAAACAGAUUGCAGAGCUCAAGCACGGUUCGCUCAUGGAGAAGAAAAAGGUGGAAGAAAAGCGACACGAAAUCACCGUUCUAGAGCACAACAUCAAGCGAUUGAAUGGAACCUUGGGCAAGCAGCAACGCGAAAUACAAAUCGGGAUGGAGAGUGUCUCCGAGUUGAGAAAGAACCAAAACUUUUUGGACACGAAAACCGACAAACAGCGACACUGUAUUGCCACUUUGGAAGAGGAACGAGAUCACUACCUGGAUGAGGCUCAAACCUUGGCCAAACGAGUUGAUCAGUUACUAGAUGAGAUCCGAGAUGCCGAACAUACCGUUUUCACCCACCGGAAGGAUAUCUCGGAAAUGGAAAAUCAACUCAAGAGGAAGCACAAUUUGUACGAAGCGGCUCGCAGCGAUCGUACAGCUCUAAAUAAAAACUUGACCGAAGCCCAGGAUGAGAUUUCAGACCUCAAGAGUAAACUGAGAGUGUUACAGCAUCAGUUUGACCAGCUCAAGGAAGAAAUGGUGGCGAAAGAAACCGCAUUGACCAAAGAAAACCAUGAACGGCAGAGGCUGCUCAAGGACAAAGAGGAAUUGCAACGGGAGAUCGACAAGUGCAAGGAAGAUGCCAACACAAUACGUCUCAAAAGCAAGGAAGUCGAAAAGAGCUUCCAAAUGCUCAAUCAACGGCAUUCGCAUGUAGAACAUGAGCUGUACCAAUGCCAGAGCAAGCUGGAACAAGCCUUCAAUGAACGAUCGUUGCUCAAUUCCAAAUUUGCUACCAAAGAAGAGGAUCUGGCUACUCUUGUGAGACGAUGCCACAUCCAGGAGAAGGCUUUAGCUCGGGGAGAAUGCAAAUUUAAUGAGAAGGAGGAGGAUAUUCGCAUUCUGAAGCUAGAGAUUAAGCGGCUCAAACAGGAGUGCGAUAAGUUUUCGAAGGGCUCCCAAACAUUAGAGGAGACCAAGAAGGAGGUACUUCAUCUGCAGAAGGAGCUUUUAAAAGAGCGAUGCAAAGUUAAAUCCCUCAAGAUGGAGAAUGAGAAUCCUUUAAACGUGCAUCGCUGGCGGAAGUUGGAAGGCAAUGACCCAUCCACUAUGGAAAUGAUUCAAAAGAUUAAUUUCCUCCAAAAGCUGCUACUGAAACGACACCAAUCAAUAGUAGAAAAAGAGGCCCUGAUCGACGACAAGGAUAAAGUGAUCCAAGAUCUUCGGGCGUCUCUAGCCAGACAUCCAGGAGUGGAUGUGCUGGAUGAGAUCCGGGAUCUUAAGAAAGAGUUAAUGAAGAAGUCUGACCAACACUUGGGUCUUUACGCCGAAAACAACAUGUACCGCAGUCAAAUCAAAGAACUUAAGCUCAAAAUCGAAAAAUACCUGGAUGACUAUCAUGCGGUCAAACGCAAGUUGGUAGAUGUGACCAAAAUGUAUCAAAAGUUGCGAGAGGAGAAAUUGAGCCGAUUGAAACGAGAAAAGGAAUCUCAAUCCCAGUCUCAAUCUCGAUCUCUCCGACGAGUUCAAUCGGCCAGAGCUUGGAGACCGUCAGGCAGUCGGAACUUUAUGGGAGGGGGAUACAAUAUGUCCAACUCUAUAUCAGACCUAUCCAAUCAAUCUGGAUGAAAUCAAGUCUUAGAAUUAUCAUUAUUAUUAUUGUUAUUAUUAUUGUUACUAUAGUUAUGCCUGCUUUUGAUAACUGA